AUGGAAGGUCUCGAAAAUCUGAUCCUGCGGAUCAAGCGGGAACCCGAGGCGCACCGUGAGGACUUCUUCCGAAAAUGGGAGGAGUUCGUGGCGGCCCUAGCGGUGCUGAAGUUAACGCCGCAUCUCUACAAUGCCACGGCCAUGGCGCUGCUGAACUUUGUUGCCCAGGUAGGCCGGAGUGGUUGCCAAAUCAUAGCGUGUCAGUCCGUGUCAUUCUACUGUGGGCCGCAGCAGACCAAUAUAGACAUCCGAUGCGUGCCGUCUAACGCAGCAGAUUCCACGGGGCUCUCCGCUUCGGGGAAAGGCUCUCAAAGCGUCGUCGAAAACGCUCAAAGGGUCACAGGCGCAAGCAGUGGCGUCAGUCUGGGGGUGGAGAAUGGAGCUGCAAACGCUGCGGAUGCACCAGGCCCCGAACUGGGACGCGAUCUGUGCAUGAUGCUCAUCGAUUUUGUUAAAUCACAUCGCAAGCGCAUAAACGGGAAGACGCUCAAACAGGUUAUCAGCACCACAUUUCUAUUGAGAAGCAAGCGCCUGGUCGACAUAUUCACCAUAUUUCCGGAGUGGCUCGCUCUGCUCGACCUCGACGACCGCGAUGUGCGCCGAAGACUCUUCGUAUUUAUCGUCCGCGAUCUCACGAUCGUAUCGCAACAAGUGAAGGAUGCCAGGUUAACUAGGGCCGUGCAACGGCUGUUUUUCGACUUCCUCAAGGCCAAGAGCAUCCAGGUGCAGCUUCUGACGUGCUGCAUAUGCGUCGAGAUGCACAAGAGGAGGGUUUGGCGGGAUAGCCAGACGGUGAACAACAUUGCACAGUGCGCUCUUGCGUCAAACCUCAAACUGGUGCUGGCUGGCGCGCAUUUUCUGCUCGGUACCAAAAACCAUUUGGACGUGGCUUUUUCGGCCUUGGAGGAUAUAGAGGAAGAAAUCGCGGCGCUUGAGGACCUCAACAAACAGCAGCAGCACCCUGGGUUUGGAGCGCACUCUAAGAAGACAGAAGGACGGCAAAACCGCCUAGCUCGAACGAAGAAACAUGUGGAGAAACAGCUGGAACGUCGCAAACGGCGUCUGCAGUUGUGUGCGGUUCGGGAAUUUGCGGCGAUUGACGACCUGCAUGAUCCGCAAAAGUUCACCGACCGGCUGUUCGAGCGCUGCAGGAACAAGGAUGUGACUUUCGGUGCCAAGCUCAUACUGCUCCAGUUAGUCAGCAUUUUGAUCGCACGCCACCGCCUCAUGGUGCCAAACUUCUACGGGUUCAUGCUGAAAUACAUCAACCACAAACAGAAGCUCGUGACCAAAAUCCUGGCGAUAUCGGCGCAGGCAGUUCACCCCGAUAUGCCUACUGACCUCCUGGAACCUCUGAUAAAACAGAUUAUGGAUCAAUUCGUGAGUGAAGACCGUGCAAAUGAAGUUAUAACUGUCGGAAUUAAUACCUUACGCGAGAUAGCUGCUAGGGCGCCGUGCUUGUUCGCCAAGGAGACCAUCGGACAGAUUGUGGAGUUCAGACAUAUAAAGAAUAAAGCUGUUGCAAUGGCGACCAAGUCGUUUAUAAACCUCUACCGAGAACAGGCGCCGGAGAUGCUGCACCCGACCCUUAGAGGGCGUGAAGCCGGCACCCAGCUCACCCAAGCCAAGAAGGAGAAAACCGGAACCGCAUCUCAAAAGUUCAGCAGCACCUACAUCCUAUCGCAAGAAGACUUCAAGCGCAAAAAAUACAUGGGCCCUGAUGAGGCAGAAGCUGGUCAAUCCGGGUCGGGCAGUGACCAUGACGAUGACGACGAAGAGAUCGGCGCAAGCGAAGACGAGUACGACUCCAAUGCCGAGGGCAGUGAUGAGGAGUCCGAGGAGAUGGAUUCGUCGGAGGAGGACGUUGGUUCCGAGAGCGACGCGUGGGUAUCAGACUCAGAAGAGGAGAGUGAGAGCGAAGAGGGCGAUAGCAGCGAGCAGCGCGAUAAGCGAGGCACGGCAUCCGGCAGUCACCCCAAGCGUAAACCAGGUCGCGAAACCGAUGACGAUGAAAGCGAAGACAGCGACGAGGACGAAGAUUCCGAGGCUGAGCGUAUUAAGAUCAACCCCAACGAUCUAGCAUAUGGGUCAAAACGCAAACGCGUCGCCGCAGAAAGCCGCAAAGAAGCUGCGUUGGCCAGGAUGGAACGCAAGAAACGGCGCACAGCUGCGGAAAGUCGUGCGGGAAACAAGCAGAGCACCACCAACCGCGUUAAAGCGCGAAACAAGCCGGUGCUGAUGACCAUGCAGAGCAAACGAAUAGUGGGGAAGCAGACAAUGAACAUCGCGGAGAAGAUGGCAAAUCUGAAGCGCCACCUAAAGUCGUUGAAGAAGGGAAACAUGAAAUACAAAAAGCGUAGACAGUGA